GAAGAAAAGGAUGCAAUUAAAGGACAGUAUGAAAAACUCAUGGACGCUUAUGGCUGCUUAGGAGAGCUUCAGCUUAAAUGUGGUAACGCUCGGCUGCACUUUCUGGUCCUGGUGACAGGCUGUACAUCAGUGGGAAAAAUCCUGGACGCUGAAGUUUACAAAAUUACUGCAACAGAUUUCUGUCCUCUCCAGGAAGAAACCAAGGAAGAGGAGCGCGUUACUGCCUUGAAGAAAAUACUGAACUCUGGGAUGUUCUAUUUCUCCUGGCCUAAUACAGGCUCAAACUUUGACCUGACUGUGCGGGCUCAGAAGCAGGGUGAUAACCACUAUGAAUCUGGUAACUCGUUCUUCUGGAACCAGCUAUUGCACGUGUCCUUCAAACACUACCAGGUGAACUGCUCUGACUGGUUGCUGAAAGUGAUGUGUGGGGUAGUGGACAUUCGCACUGUUUAUGCUUCCCACAAGAAGGCAAAAGCCUGCCUCAUCUCUCGCAUCAGCUGUGAGCGAGCUGGUGUCCGGUUUCACAUUCGAGGGGUCAAUGACGAUGGGCAUGUGUCCAACUUCGUUGAGACAGAGCAGACAAUUUACUUGGAUGAUGACGUCUCUUCCUUUGUGCAGAUCAGAGGUUCUGUUCCACUGUUUUGGGAGCAACUGAAGCUUCAGGUGGGUUCCCAUCAUCUAAGGCUUAACAGAGGUCUAGAAGCUAAUGCUCCUGCCUUUGACAGGCAUAUGAUGCUUCUGAAAGAGCAGUAUGGAAAACAAGUGAUCGUUAACCUGUUGGGAAGCAGAGGAGGGGAGGAGGUGCUCAACAGAGCUUUUAAGAAACUGCUAUGGGCCUCUUCCCAUGCGGCAGACACUCCCAUGAUAAACUUUGACUACAAGUUUGCAAAAGGUGGGAAGACUGAGAAACUGGAAAAUUUGCUGAGGCCUCAGCUGAAGUUGCAUUGGGAAGACUUUGGAAUCUUCACAAAGGGCGAGAAUGUAAGUCCACGUCUGCAGACAGGUACUUUUCGAAUGAAUUGUUUGGACUGCCUGAAUCGUACUAAUAGCGUACAGUCCUUCAUUGCACUGGAGAUCCUGCUUGCUCAAUUAGAGAGCCUUGGGUUGAACUCUAAAUCUGUAAUUGAGCGCUUUGUGGAAUCCUACAAAGCAAUGUGGACUCUUAAUGGUCAGAAUCUGAGCAGAGUAUCAACAGGCAGUCGUGCCCUUGAGGGGAAGAACAAGGUUGGGAAGCUCAAGGAUGGUGCCCGCUCUGUGUCUCGCACCAUUCAGUCAAAUUUCUCAGAUGCAGCAAAGCAGGAAGCCAUCAAGUUGCUGCUCAUGGGUGACUUCUUCAGUGAGGAAUAUGCAGACAAAGGCAAGAUGCUCAUGGACCACACUGCACUGCUGGUAACUCCAAGUAUUUUGAAGGCCAUGUCAGAGCGUCAGUUUGAAUUCACAAGCUUCAAGCGUGUUCGUGUUGCCACAGGGACCUGGAACGUGAAUGGGGGGAAGCAGUUUCGAAGCAACGUCCUUGGUACCAGUGAGCUGACAGACUGGCUGCUGGAUUCUCCCAAGCUCUCUGGAGUUUCUGAAUUUCAGGAUGAUAACUUUCCUCCUGACAUAUUUGCAGUGGGGUUUGAAGAGAUGGUUGAAUUAAGUGCAGGGAAUAUUGUGAAUGCCAGUACAACAAAUAGAAAAAUGUGGGGAGAGCAGCUUCAAAAAGCAAUUUCCAGGACUCAUCGCUACAUUCAGCUGACAUCAGCCCAGCUUGUUGGUGUUUGUCUUUUCAUCUUUGUACGACCAUAUCAUGUCCCCUUCAUCAGGGAUGUAGCAAUAGACACCGUGAAGACAGGAAUGGGAGGAAAAGCUGGAAAUAAAGGGGCAGUAAGCAUUCGUUUUCAGUUCUAUAGUACUAGUUUCUGCUUUAUAUGCAGUCACUUAACUGCUGGGCAGACUCAGGUGAAAGAAAGGAAUGAAGAUUAUAAAGAAAUCACACAGAAACUCAGCUUCCCAAUGGGGCAGAGCAUGUUCUCACAUGACUAUGUCUUCUGGUGUGGUGAUUUUAACUAUCGCAUUGAUCUAACAUACGAGGAAGUGUUUUAUUUUCUCAAACGUCAAGAUUGGAAGACGCUUUUGGAGUUUGAUCAACUACAACAGCAAAAAUCCAGUGGAAAAAUUUUUAAAGACUUCCAUGAAGGGACUAUUAAUUUUGGACCAACAUAUAAAUACGAUGUUGGCUCAGAGGCUUAUGAUACAAGUGACAAGUGCAGAACCCCGGCUUGGACUGACAGAGUGCUUUGGUGGAGAAAGAAACUGCCCUUUGAAAAAACAGCUGGAGAGAGCAAUCUUCUAGACAGUGAUCUGAAUGCUGAAACUAAAGUCAGGCACACCUGGACGCCCGGAGCCUUGAUGUACUAUGGGAGAGCGGAGCUGCAAGCAUCUGACCACAGGCCAGUGUUAGCUAUUGUAGAAGUGGAAGUUCAGGAAGUUAAUCAAGCUGCCCGUGAGAGUGUUUUCCAGGAAGUGUCAUCUUUCCAGGGACCACUGGAUGCCACAGUAGUGGUAAAUCUGCUAUCACCAACACCUGAAGAGAAGAACGAAUUUCCUGAGGACUUGCGUACAGAGCUUAUGCAAAUGUUUGAGAAUUAUGGCACUAUUGUUCUGGUCAGGAUCAGUGGAGGUCAAAUGCUGGUGACAUUUGCAGACAGCAAGUCGGCUCUUCGUGUUAUGGAUAUAGAUGGUGUCAAAGUUCGAGGCAGAACAGUGAAGAUCCGGCCCAAGACUAAGGACUGGCUAAAGGGCCUUCAGGAGGAAAUUGCUCGAAAACGGGACAGCAUUGCCCCCAUGUCUCCCACAGCAAACUCCUUUCUUCUGGAAGAAAAUUUUGACUUCUCAAGUUUGGACUAUGACUCGGAAGGUGAUAUAGUGGAGGAUGAAGAUGAUUAUUUAGAUGAUGCUUUGUGUCAACACCUAGUAGAGGACACAACAGAAGAUAUGCCUGAAAGCUCUGGACAGUUUGCAUCCACAUCUCUUUCAAACAAAUCUGGACACAACCCACAGCUGUAUAAAGAUGACUCAGACCUGGCUGAUCUGAAGCGGGAGCUGGAGGCAGGUGAGGAAUGCCAUCGCCAGCCUCCAAGCAGGUCUCUGUCCAUUCCUACCAGGCCUCGGCCACUUCAGCCACCACAGAGGCCUCCCCCUCCUGGUGAUUUUGCUGCCAGUUCUGGCAAAAAGCCCCCCUCGGAUGGUUCCCUCUCUCCAGAAAGCCACUCCUCCAGCUCCAUCCUGGCAAUGGCAAAGCUGCUACCUGGGGCCCCUCAGCAGCCACCUAAAGUCCGGACUGGAAUAAGUAAACCUUACAACGUCAAGCAGAUCAAAACCACCACAGCUGAGGAAGCAGAAGAAGCUAUUAGAUGUCUCAUGGAAGCUAAAGGAGGACUACAAGAAGAUGCAGUAAAGCCUGCUCCAACUAAAAACCAGUCCUUCACCAAAGCUGAGCCUCUUCCCAGCUUGACAAAGUCAGCAUCAUUUCAAGGGUCACAUGCAGGACCAGUGCUUGUGCCCCAUCGCCCACCACCCAAAGUUCCAACUACGAAGAAGCCAGUACCACUGCAAAGGACUGGAGUUAAGGUGGAAAAUGCCACAUCUACAGAAGAGCAGUUUGACCAACAGCCAGCACAGUCUCCUUUCGGCUUUCCAGAGCCCUGUCUAGAAGCUGGACCUAUUCUUACUCCGACCAAGAUUACCCCAGUCCCAAAGCCCAGAACCACACAACCUGGGAAGCCUCAGGAGAGCAGGGGGAGCAGUGAAAGCCAGCCCCCCAUCUCCAGCAUGGCCGAGGCCAUCACACUGCCUCCCCAAAACACCUCCUUUGCCCCAAAGGUGCCACCACGAAGAAAGAAGUCAGCUCCUGCAGCUCUUCAUCUGCAAGUUCUCCAGAGCAGCGACAACCCACUUUUUAGUGGGCUAAUGUUCAACUCCAACAACAACAAUCCUGGGCUCUGCCUUCAGGCUCAGGAUGCUCACAGCCCCAUGCAGGCCUCUCUCUCAGCUCCUACCUCCUCUACCAGCCCAGAAGACAACACAACUAAGCAGUUGGCGCCAAGCGCCACAGAAUUGAUGGCCAACCUUCAGCACCCUCCUGUACCAGGCAGCCAGCAUGCACAGCUCCCGGAUACCAGCUCCCUUGCAGAGAACACCAAUCUUUUGGACCUGGAUUGUUCCUGCCCUCUUUCUAUGCAGGUGGCAUCAGCUACUUCUCCAGCACACACCUCAGAAAAUCUAAACCACCCCAGCUUGAAGGAUUUCAGUCACUGGGUUACAUUUAGUGAUGAUGAAGACAGUAGUGGCCUGUCAGAAGGGUUCAACAAACUGCUUGUCUUAGAGCAAAACAAAAAUAGCUUCGUGAAGGCAAAUACUGAUUUAGAAUUGUAA